GCUGAGUACUCAACAGAUUCAAUUCGCGAUACGGAAACCUCUCUACGGAAAUCCAAGCCGAGUCGUACCGAACCGAAAGUCCAAACCCUUGGAAAUCAUCCGGAAUCCAUAGCGAUCACGUAGCCAUGGAAAUACUGCGAAGCAAUGCCGGUAGCGGCGAGUCGGAGAUUGCCAAGUUCUAUGCCAACAAAACGAUCCUCAUCACUGGAGCCACCGGAUUUAUGGGUAAAGUUCUGGUGGAGAAGCUCCUGCGCAGCUGUGGGGAUCUGAAUGUCAUCUAUCUGCUGAUCCGCACCAAGAAGGGUCUGGAUCCCAGCGUACGGAAGGAGCAAUACUUCAAGUGUGUGAGUUUUAGCAAGCUGCUGGAGAAGAAUCCCGACAUCGUGGACAAGGUGCGCGUGGUAAAGGGCGAUCUGCUCGAGCCGGACCUUGGCCUGAGCGCCAAUGACAUCAACACACUCGCCUCCAAUGUGGAGAUUGUGUUCCACUGUGCGGCCAAUGUGCGCUUCGACCAGCCGCUGCGGCCCAUGGUGAUGAUGAAUGUGGUCGGCACCCUGAAGGUGCUGCGUCUGGCCGAAAAGAUGAGCAAUCUGCAGUCACUGGUGCAUGUGUCCACCUCGUACUGUCAGUGCAACGAGAGUGUGCUGGAGGAGCGCGCCUAUCCAGCGCCACAGAAUCCCUUCUCCAUCAUUGAAAUGGUGGAAACAAUGGAUGAUGCUGCUCUGGCGGAAAUAACACCCAAAUUACUAAAUGGCUUGCCCAACACGUACGCUUACAGCAAGGCACUGUCCGAAGAUCUAAUUUGCAGAUACAACACCAAACUGCCCAUUAUCAUCACACGGCCCUCCAUUGUAACGGCGGCCAUUAGCGAACCACUGCCAGGAUGGAUUGAGGGCGUUACCGGACCCACUGGCCUGAUGAUUGGUGCCGCCCGAGGUGUGAUACGAUCGAUGCACUGCAAUCCGCUGUACUCCUCCACAGUGAUACCUGUAGACAAGGCCAUCAACGGGUUGAUCUUGUGCGGCUAUCAGCGCGCUAAGGCUAGCAGCCAGGAGAAGGCGCCCAGCAAACGAAACGAGGUGCAGUUCUGCAACCUAUGCAUCUCCAAAAAGGCCCUGACGUCGUGGGGCGACAGCAUUGAGACGGGUCGUCGCUUCUUCUACGAGACUCCGCUAAGCUUCUCCCUGUGGUAUCCCGGAGGAUCCAUCAAGAAGAACUAUUACCAUCACCUGUUCUGCGUGAUAUUCUUUCACUAUCUUCCUGCCUAUUUUAUUGACUUUUUGAUGCUGAUCUCUGGCCAGAAGCCCUUCUUGGUGAAUGUGCAGCGGAAGGUGUCGAUGGGCCUGAAGCUACUGCAGUACUACACAACGAAAGACUGGGAAUUUCAGAACGAGAAAUUCCAGGAGAUGAGCAGCCAGCUGAAUGCUAUAGACGAGGAAAUGUUCGACACCUCUGUGGGCCAGCUCAAUUGGGAGACCUACAUCAGCACCUACAUCAUGGGCAUGCGCACCUACAUUCUAAGAGAGAGCCCGUCCACUCUCCCGUAUGCCCGCAAAGUGUUGCGGCGCCUCUACAUCCUGGACUGUGUCAGCAAGGUGCUGUUCUUCACCCUCACAUUCUGGUUCUUAUGGACACAUAUGGACGGUUUCGUGGAGAGUGGUGACGCCUUCAUACGGUCAUCACUUAGCAGUAUCUACCAUGAGCGGAACAACACAAUACACGCAUAAGCUUCUUUCUAAUAAUGUAAAUCAAAUAUAGACCCCAAGAUUUUCUUUAUUUUAA